AUGGACACUCAAUUAUUUUCCCCAUUAUUAGGAGCAAUUACUAGUACGCCACCUCCUCUAGAAUCUUCCCAUCUAUAUAGUAACUGGUCAACAUGUGAAGAGGAUAUUGGCUCUAAAACCUCUUUUCAGGACUGCACAAAGAAACGGGCACCAGUAAACCUUUCUUGUUCUGGCAAUGGCCCUGAUAUGUUUGGGCUAGUGUCAAGCAUUUUAGAGGAGCCAAGCAAGCAAGAACCAGUUACAGACUGGAAUUCUCUCUCAAGAUUGUUUCCACCUGUGUGGGCACCUGACCUUGGAAGCAAUGGUGAAUUCUCAGGGUUCUCAUCUAAGCACUCUGUUGAAAAUCAGGAUUUUUCAACCCUGAUGGGUACACAGAACUGCUAUCAGGAGCACUUGCAGAAGUCACAUGAUGUGGAGAUGUUACACAGUGGUUUAGAAGAUCUUCAUCUCAUACAGUCUUGGCUUUCUCCAUCUGGGCCUUGCACUCAGCCUGAUAAUAUUCUGAAGAACAGUUACCCUGGCAAUUCCCCUUUGCAAAAUAGUAAUGCAAUUAAUCAAGAAGGAGUUUCAUUUCAAAAUGUAGACUAUAAUCAGCAUUUGGGCAGUUUUGACCACAUAAGGUUAAAUGGAGACUAUGACAAAAACGGUUCCAAUUUUAGCACUUUUUCUUCUCAGAAAAGAGUUAAAGAAGGCACUAGUGUUGAGAAAGAGUUUUGGAAAACUGAAGGAGCAAGAGGCAAAGCUCUGAAAAAUUGUACUCAAGAACAAUCUAAGUAUUCCCCUGAUACUUCCGAUCAGCCUGUUGAUGACUCUUGGGAUAAAGUGUCUCAGGACAACCACUUGUUUUCUAAAAGAUAUGGAAACUUUACAGCUGCUCAUAAAUUACAGUCAUCUAUUCAUCCAUUGCCAUAUUUUUUCAGUCAGCCCCCUAAGGAGAAUAUUUUUUCUAGAGGAACAGACACAACAGCACAGGAAACCCAUGUGCAAAAUGGUUGUCAUAGCUUUACUUCGGGGAAUGCUCUUAGUAAUUAUGACUGUAAGAUCCAUAUUAGUUCUAAAGAAUGCUCUCAUAACGUAUCAGAGUAUGAUUUAUCUCUAAAAACUGUUAUGCAAAAUGGGAGUUACUCAUCGUACCAUGGACGUACGUGGCUGGAUGGGAAAACAGCUACAUCAGAUAUCCUGUGUGGAAAGCAAAUGGUAACAAGUCUGCAGUCAUCUUCAGGGGUUUCAGCCAUGUCUGUUGGUUAUCCCACACAUCAGUCUGUAAUGCAGUCCUACUACCCACAGAUAUUACCUAUCUUCCCUUCAGGGAAGGAUGGAAGGUCACAAAUACCAAAUGGUGUUUCUAAUAAUUUGAGAAUUUCUAAUUCCAUCUCAGAAAAUCCAAAGCAAAUGAAAGCCAUUGGACAAUUGCAGCACAAUUCAUUGCCUAAUAAGGAGGGGCAAUACCACAAAUACCCCAUUGAUUUUCUAUCUGACCGGUUAACACAGCAGAAUGCUGUAAGUGAAGACCCUGAAAAAUACCACAGAUUUCCAAAAAAACAGACCCAAGAAAAUAGUAAUAAAGAUGAUAAAAGAGGCAGAAGGAAUUGGACUCCUCCUUUUGGAUAUACAACCCCAAAUCAUCAGCAAUUCAAUAUGUUCCAAAAAAAGCAUGAACAGAAUAGUGGUAACAUGUCAGAUUUCAUCAAUCCUUCUUUUUUUCCUUCUUUCCCAUUAAUGUCUGAUUUUAAACAAACUCCUGGCUUUCCUUCAUUUAAUCCUCAUCUCUUUUCAUCAGCAAAUAACUUUGGUUUCCCUCCAUCACCAUUUCCAUUCUCAGAACUUGUUGAUCUUUUUCAUUACGAUGACUUGAGCUACUUGUAUCCCUUUAUCAAUGAUCUGUUUUGUGGAGAAGUAGCUGCACCAUACUUUGCCUUUCCAGCACCAUUUAACAAGUACAGACCUCUGAGAAAUCGCAGUGGACCUGCUAAUGAGCUUCACAUCCGACUGGAGGAGUGUUACGAGCAGUGGAGAGCUUUGGAGAAAGAGAGAAAGAAGACUGAAGCUGACCUUGCAAGAAACUUCCCAGGAAAGCGCAUAUCAAGCUCAAAUACCACUCUCAUGUCCCGCCUUCCUGCUAACCCAUCACGAGUUGAUCGCUUGAUUGUCGACCAGUUACGAGAACAAGCCAGAGUGCUCACCUUAGUAGAAAAGAUGGAAAGGCUUAGUGGUACCCCUGUACACAGUAACAUAACCACUACAUUGAAACACCAUAUGGAAGCCAUUCACGUAACACAGGCAAGGCGUAAGAAUGAGAUUGUUAGUGCUGCUAAUCCACAGAGACAACGAGCACUGCGUUAUAAUAAUGAGAAAGAUAUUUUGGCUCUGGCAGCUGCCAUUAGAGACUUGGCUGCUUCCACACGCAAGGCUCGUACCGCUUUAUGGUGUGCGCUGCAGAUGACCUUGUCAAAAAACUCUUCAAGCAGUCCAGUAAAACUAGAAGUUGUUGAAAGGGCAUUGCAGGAACUUUGUCCUCCAAACACAAGCACACAAGAAAAAAAGCAGCAUGGAGCAUGA